AUGAGUGCUCCGAUAUAUUCGAAUCCUAUCGUUCCACCGGGCGACAAGCCCAUCAUCUUCGUGCUCACUCUCGCGGACGAAACAACUCAAAACAACUUCCAGAGUUCUCACGCACGACUCCUCAACGAGUUUUUCGAAAGGGCAACAGUAAGGCACGCCAACACAGCUGAGAAAGCAUUCAGCCUCUUCACCCAGUGCAGUCAGCCACACGCAGUCUUUAUAGCUGAUGGCGGCGUCGCUCGCCCCAGCAGCGAGAUCAUCAACCAGAGGCUGGCGCUUUAUGCUGCUUGCGGCGGCAUCGUCCUCUUUGGCGGCCUGUUUGCCGCCUCAAGGGCAGAUGAUUUAAAAAAGGUCUUCAAGCAGACCUGGGACCUCCCAUGGGAACCCGGCUCCUUCCACCGCACCACUUUGAGUCUGAACGAGGGCGCAAUCACUUCGACUAUCAAGCCUGCACUGCAGACCUCGUACAGCCUGAAGGCUCUCCAUCUUUACGGGGUGCAAAAGAAUGAGUCGUGGUAUCUGCCCACGCAGGAUUCGGUUAUCGAGGAGUGGGUGCCUCGUCCAGGACCAAUCACCGACUUCAGCGAGUCGCCCAUUAUUUAUGCUUGUUACGGAAGCGGCCACGUUGGGUUCAUCGGCGACACUGGGGCUGAGGAGGGUACCGUGCGUUGCAUUCUUGCCAUGCUGGGCAUCUUGAUCCGAUAA